CAUUAAUUAUUGGGUUUUGGAAGUAACGAUCCCUAGUCUCAAAAUUUUGUCCUUCAACUCUCGGUUCACAAAUUAAGGAUUGGUGUCUUUUUUUCUUUCCCCAAUUUUCUUUCGAGUAAAGACCAAGGUUCCCGGGGUCCCUUCUGAUUUUGGUGGAGAGGGCAGCUCCAGACUUGAGGGCGACCAAGAACUAUGUUCUCUGCUUCUUAUUUCUUCACUCUUUUGCUCUUAUACUCUUCGACUUCCAGGGUUGGUGGAAGUCACCACAUUGAACAAGACCAUGCGAAGCAGAUUUUGAGCUCAGCCAGAGAUUACAAAGAUUGGUUAGUCUCGAUCAGGAGGAAAAUCCAUGAGAACCCAGAGCUCAGAUUCGAAGAACACAACACCAGCGCUCUGAUUCGCAGUGAACUGGAUAAACUCGGCAUUUCUUACGAAUACCCUUUAGCCAAGACCGGUUUGGUAGCUCAAAUUGGCUCCGGUUCUCCCCCUGUUGUUGCUCUUCGAGCUGACAUGGAUGCCCUCCCAUUGCAGGAGCUGGUUGAGUGGGAGCAUAAGAGCAAAGUGGAUGGCAAAAUGCAUGGGUGUGGUCAUGAUGCCCACACCACAAUGCUUCUUGGAGCUGCUAAGCUAUUGAAUGAACGAAAGCAUGAGCUUAAGGGAACCGUGAGACUUAUUUUCCAACCUGCUGAGGAGGGAGGUGCCGGUGCAUCUCACAUGAUUAAGGAUGGUGCUCUUGGUAAUGCUGAAGCAAUAUUUGGAAUGCAUGUUGAUUAUACGAUACCAACGGGAACUAUAUCUAGCAUUCCAGGACCAUUUUUAGCUGCUGUAUCUAUCUUUGAAGCGAAAAUAGAAGGAAAAGGUGGGCAUGCUGCCGCACCCCACUUGACUGUGGAUCCAAUACUUGCAACAUCAUUUGCAGUUUUGGCAUUGCAACAGCUCGUUUCAAGAGAAGCAGAUCCACUCUAUAGUCAAGUUCUUUCGGUUACUUACGUUAGAGGUGGCACAGCAUCAAAUGUAAUCCCGUCGUUUAUUGAAUUUGGAGGGACUUUGAGGAGUAUUACCACCGAUGGUUUGCUUCAACUUCAGAAGAGGGUGAAAGAGGUUAUAGAAGGACAAGCGGCUGUACAUAGGUGUAAGGCGCAUAUCAAGAUGAAAGACGAGGACUUCCCAAUGUAUCCAGCCUGCACUAAUGAUGAGAGGUUGCAUCGACAUGUGCAGAAGGUGGGGAAGCUCUUGCUAGGCCCCGAGAAUAUAAAUGAGGCCGAACAGGUAAUGGCAGGCGAGGACUUUGCGUUCUAUCAAGAGGUAAUACCAGGAGCGAUAUUUAACAUAGGAAUUAGAAAUGAGAGAGUAGGAUCAAUUCACUCCGUACAUUCCCCUCACUUCUUUCUUGAUGAGGAUGUCCUGCCAAUUGGAGCAGCACUGCACACUGCACUUGCACAGAAUUAUCUGAAUCAUCAUCAACUAUAGGCUGUUUACCAGAAGAUAUUGCAUGGUCUGAUAUGAUGUAUGUGCAGUGGUAGUAACUAGAUAUGAGAGUGUUCAAAGAUGUGCAUUGUAUAUUAUUUGCUUUUAUGGGAGUUUGCUCUUUUAGCCCCUCC